ACGCCCUGGCCCACGGGGUUCAGUUCUGGGGGUUCCAAGCCCGCAUUUUCGCCUGCGGAGUCAUCCUCGCGCCACCAGGGAGCGCCAUCGGAGAGAACGUGGGGCUCGCCGAGGGCGGCUGGGAGGCGCGGCCGCCGGCGCUCGCCAGGCCCGGAAGACGCGCUUUGCAGGCGUCCCUGCACUCGGUUCCCACCGACACCCGGGAAAGUGGUCUGACGAUUCCCGUUCUGCAGGUGGCCAAGUGCGCUCGCCAAGUCGCGCAGCACAGAGGAGGCAAAACUGGGAUUUGAACUUAGGAAGGCCCAUGCCUUAGAGAGGGACAUCAGGUGGUGCACUCAUCCUCCCAACUCCACCCCCUCCACCUCCGCGGCAGCCUGGGAACUGGAGGACAUGGGUGUGUCACCCUGCCCGUAUGGCCAGACAUGAGCACGAUCUGGAAUUUCAGGUCUAUAAAUCACUUGGGUUGGGGGGGCUCAUAAAGCUGUUCUCCCAUGCUUGUCUGCCUGCUUGGUCUCUUGUCCCCUCCUCCAGACACCCUGCCCACUUCCUUGGAGACUGACCCAAGAAUGGGCCUGGGCGUAUAUAGGGAGUCACUGUGGGAAGGGCCUGCCAGAGAAGCUUCUGGCAGAGAAGGACUAUGGCUUCUGCAGCAGAAGAGGCAGAGAAGGGGUCUCCAGUUGUGGUGGGACUGCUGGUUGUGGGCAACAUCGUUAUUCUGCUGUCAGGCCUGGCCCUGUUUGCCGAGACAGUAUGGGUGACAGCUGACCAGUACCGUGUGUAUCCACUGAUGGGCGUCUCAGGCAAGGAUGACGUCUUCGCUGGUGCCUGGAUCGCCAUCUUCUGCGGCUUCUCCUUCUUCGUGGUGGCCAGCUUUGGUGUGGGUGCUGCGCUCUGCCACCGCCGGUCUAUGAUGCUCACGUACCUGGUGCUCAUGCUCAUCGUCUACAUCUUUGAGUGUGCCUCCUGCAUCACGGCCUACACCCACCGAGACUACAUGGUGUCCAACCCAUCUCUGAUCACCAAGCAGAUGCUGACCUUCUACAGUGCAGACACGGACCAGGGCCGGGAACUGACCCGCCUCUGGGACCGCAUCAUGACUGAGCAAGAGUGCUGUGGCACAUCUGGUCCCAUGGACUGGGUGAACUUCACAUCAGCCUUCCGGGCGGCCACCCCGGAGGUGGCGUUCCCCUGGCCCCCACUGUGCUGUCGCCGGACUGGCAACUUCAUCCCCCUCAGUGAAGAAGGCUGCCGUCUGGGCCACAUAGACUACCUGUUCACCAAGGGCUGCUUCGAGCACAUCAGCCAUGCCAUUGACAGCUACACAUGGGGCAUCUCGUGGUUUGGGUUUGCCAUCCUGAUGUGGACGCUCCCUGUGAUGCUGAUAGCCAUGUAUUUCUACACCACCUUAUGAGGAACACGAAGCGAAGGCCACUUCCUACUCCUGCUUCCUCCAGCUGGGGCCUGGAUGGCUGCCUCACUUCUGCCCCGCCCACUUCCCUCACCCUUCCCCUCCUUCCACUCCAAAGAUCUUUUACCAGGUUUCUGAGCCCUGCUGGGACACGGAGCUGCCCUGAAACCCCUGGACAUAUGUGCAAGGACCCUUAGCCCUUAAGCUCAUUUCACUUGGCUGAUUCCUGGCCCAUCUCUGAGUGUCAACUUAAAGUCCUGUCCUCAGGAGACCCUUCCCUGAUCCCACCACCGCAUCCACAGGUGCCUCUCUUGUCGCUCCCUGAACUCCUCCUUCAUCGUGGGGGUCGCCAUCAUUGGUGAAGAGUUUGCGAUUAUCUGUUUAAGCUCUGGUAGACUGGGAUUGCUGUGAGGGGACGGACAAGUUCUGUCAUGGCCUCUUUAUUGUUACCAGCAUCACCCAGCACAGGGCUAAGCAUGGGUGUUCAAUAAAUACUGGUUGAAUGAA